GCCAUCUUGUGACCCCCAGCGGAGGGGAGGGAGCCGUCCCCCCGCCGUCCCCCCGCCGUCCCCCCGCCGUCCCCCCGCCGUCCCGGCCCACACAGGCCCCGGCCCCGGCCCCCGGCCCCCGGCUCGGCCCCCGGCCCGGCCCGGCCGCUCCGGGGAAGCAUGUCGGGGCCGGUGCCGAGUCGGGCCAGGGUCUAUGCGGACGUGAACACUCAGAGACCCCGCGAGUACUGGGACUACGAGUCGCACGUCGUGGAAUGGGGGAACCAAGACGAUUAUCAGCUGGUGCGGAAACUCGGCCGCGGCAAGUACAGCGAGGUCUUUGAAGCCAUCAACAUCACCAACAACGAGAAGGUGGUGGUGAAGAUCCUCAAGCCUGUGAAAAAGAAGAAGAUCAAACGAGAGAUUAAGAUCCUGGAGAAUCUGCGAGGAGGCCCCAAUAUCAUCAGCCUGCUGGACAUCGUGAAGGACCCGGUGUCUCGGACGCCCGCCCUGGUCUUCGAGCAUGUCAACAACACCGAUUUCAAGCAACUGUACCAGACGCUCUCGGAUUUCGACAUCCGCUUCUACAUGUACGAGAUCCUCAAGGCCCUGGAUUACUGCCACAGCAUGGGCGUCAUGCACCGAGACGUCAAACCCCACAACGUCAUGAUCGACCACGAGCACAGGAAGCUGCGGCUGAUCGACUGGGGCCUGGCCGAGUUCUACCACCCCGGCCAGGAGUACAACGUGCGCGUGGCCUCGCGCUACUUCAAGGGACCGGAGCUCCUGGUGGAUUAUCAGAUGUACGACUACAGCCUGGACAUGUGGAGCUUGGGCUGCAUGUUGGCCAGCAUGAUCUUCCGGAAAGAGCCCUUCUUCCAUGGGCAUGACAACUACGACCAGCUGGUGCGCAUCGCCAAAGUGCUGGGCACCGAGGACCUGUACGACUACAUCGACAAGUACAACAUCGAGCUGGACCCCCGCUUCAACGACAUCCUCGGCAGACACUCGCGGAAGCGGUGGGAGCGCUUCGUGCACAGCGAGAACCAGCACCUGGUCAGCACCGAGGCGCUGGAUUUCCUGGACAAGCUGCUGCGCUACGACCACCAGACGCGUCUCACGGCCCGGGACGCCAUGGAGCACCCCUACUUCUACCCCAUCGCCAAGGAUCCGGCGCGGCUGGGCACCGCGGCCGCGCUCUCGGCCGCCAACACCCCCGUCAGCUCCUCCAGCAUGUUGGCAGGGAUCACGUCCAUGGCCGCGUCGCAGCCGCUGGGCAGCCUGGCCGCCUCGCCCGUCAUCUCCUCGCCCAACGCGCUGGGCUCGCCGGUCCCCGCCGCGGCGCAGCCGUGACCCCGUCCCCGUCCCGCAGCGCCGGGGCCGCCUUCUGCCUCCCCCCCCGCCACAAACCGCGGGGGAUUUGGAUUAUUAUUAUUUUUUAAUUUCAAUUUCUGUUGAGUCUGGAAAGCGAGAGCAAAGCCGUAGGUUCCCUGUGCCGGUGUCCCCUCCGCGGUGCCGGGGCCGGCGGUGGCCGCGCCGCUCUCCCGAGGGUCGCGGUUAGUGACGCGGCCGCGGUGUAGAAACCCACAAAAAUGACAAAUAAAGUUUAUUUUCUAUGGC